GUGUAUAUUUGGUAGCAUAACUUCAAACGUCAAGAACAUUUAAAAAGUAACGUAGUUAUAAAAGAUGGACUUGAACAGUAAUAUUUCUCUACAAAAGGACGAAAUUGAAGCUUUAAGUGCGAUUUAUGGUUCCCAGUGGGAAGCUGAUCAGGGAAUAGAGGACAGUUUUACUUUUCAUGUGGAUUCCGAAGUGCAGGUAUAUAUAACCUUAAAUAAAAGCUACCCUUCGGAGAGCCCCCCUGCUUAUCAACUUCUUGCUCCAGCUUUAGAUUCAAAAGUGAAAAGAGAAAUAGACGAUGAAUUUAAACGAAUAUUUAAUGAAAAUUGUGGGACACCGAUUAUAUUCCAAUGGCUUGAAAAACUGUUAGAAGUAGUACAAACUACGAAAAAGGCAGAUGAAAUUAAAAUACCAAAAGAAAUACAAACUAAAAAAGAAGUCGUAGUAGAAGACGAGAAUUUAGUUAAAUUUGAUGUAACUCAUGGAUCAGUUAUUGAAGACAGAAAAAGUGUUUUUCAGGGGCAUGCAUGUUCUGUUUAUAGCGAAAUAGAAGUUAACAAGUUUAUAAAUUUCCUAAAACAAAAUAAAAAAAUUGCCCAAGCUACACAUAAUAUUAGUGCUUAUCGAGUUAAACGUGACGAUAUUUGGUAUCAGGAUUAUGACGAUGAUGGUGAGACUCAUGCUGGCCAGCGUUUGUUACAUUUGCUGCAAAUUGUGGAUGUUACUAAUGUGGUUGUUGUUGUCACAAGGUGGUAUGGAGGAGUCCAUCUAGGACCUAAACGUUUCCAGCACAUAAAUAAUGCUGCAAGACAAGUAUUACAGCAAGCAAAUUUUAUUAAAUAACAUUACUUUAAUCAUUUUGUUUCUGUUAUUGGUUGUGAAGUAAUUUUUCUAAUUGAGUAUCAGUAUCAAUAGAAAUUUUGCUUUUGCUCAAAAAUGUUGUAUUUAUUUUAUACAAUUGUUAAUAUACUGUUAAUAUAGUUACUUUAAAAAUAAAAAUUCAGAACAAAA